AGGCCGUGCGGGGCCAGGCCGGGCCCCGCUUACCGACAUGCUGACCUUCUUCCUCGUCUCCGGGGGAUCCCUCUGGCUGUUCGCGGAGUUCAUCCUCUCGCUUCUGGAGAAGAUGCAGACACAGGAGAUCCUGAGGUUGCUGCGGCUGCCCGAGCUGGGGGACUUGGGCCAGUUUUUCCGCAGCCUCUCAGCUACCACCCUUGUGAGUGUGGGUGCUCUGGCUGCUGUUCUCGCCUACUGGUUCACGCACCGGCCAAAGGCCUUGCAACCACCAUGCAACCUCCUGAUGCAGUCAGAGGAAGUGGAGGACAGUGGUGGGGCCCGGCGAUCUGUGAUCGGGGAUGGCCCUCAGUUGCUCACCCAUUAUUACGAUGAUGCCAGGACCAUGUACCAGGUGUUCCGCCGUGGGCUCAGCAUCUCAGGGAAUGGACCCUGUCUUGGCUUCAGGAAGCCGAAGCAACCUUAUCAGUGGCUGUCCUACCAGGAGGUGGCUGACAGAGCUGAAUUUCUAGGGUCUGGACUUCUCCAACACAAUUGUAAACCAAGUACAGAUCAGUUUAUUGGAGUUUUUGCUCAAAAUCGGCCAGAGUGGAUCAUCGCAGAGCUUGCCUGCUACACAUAUUCUAUGGUGGUGGUCCCACUCUAUGACACCCUGGGCCCUGGUGCUAUCCGCUACAUCAUCAGGACAGCUGACAUCAGCACCGUAGUUGUGGACAAACCUCAGAAGGCCGUGCUGCUGCUGGAACAUGUGGAGAGGAAGGAGACUCCAGGGCUCAAGCUCAUCAUCAUCAUGGAACCGUUUGAGGAAGCUCUGAAAGACAGAGGGCAGGAGUGCGGGGUGGUCAUUAAGUCCAUGCAGGCUGUGGAGGAGUGUGGCCAACAGAAUCAUCAGGCUCCUGUGCCCCCGAAGCCCAGCGACCUCUCCAUUGUGUGUUUCACAAGCGGCACAACAGGAAACCCAAAAGGUGCGAUGCUCACCCAUGGAAACGUGGUGGCUGAUUUCUCAGGCUUUCUGAAAGUGACAGAGAAAGUGAUCUUUCCGAGACAGGACGAUGUGCUCAUCUCCUUCCUGCCUCUGGCUCACAUGUUUGAGAGAGUGAUCCAGUCUGUUGUCUACUGCCAUGGGGGACGCGUCGGCUUCUUUCAGGGAGACAUCCGUCUCCUCUCAGAUGACAUGAAGGCUCUGCACCCCACCAUUUUCCCUGUGGUUCCUAGAUUGCUGAACCGGAUGUAUGACAAGAUCUUCAGCCAGGCAGACACACCAUUAAAGCGCUGGCUCUUGGAGUUUGCAGCAAAACGUAAACAAGCUGAGGUCCGGAGCGGAAUCAUCAGGAAUGAUAGUAUCUGGGAUGAACUCUUCUUUAAUAAGAUUCAGGCCAGUCUUGGUGGUUGUGUGCGGAUGAUCGUCACUGGAGCAGCCCCCGCGUCCCCAGCGGUGCUGGGAUUCCUCCGGGCAGCUCUGGGGUGCCAGGUUUAUGAAGGUUACGGCCAAACUGAGUGUACAGCUGGGUGUACCUUCACCACACCCGGGGACUGGACCUCAGGGCAUGUAGGAGCACCUCUCCCCUGCAAUCAUAUCAAGCUCAUCGAUGUCGAGGAACUGAACUAUUGGACCUCCAAAGGAGAGGGAGAGAUAUGCGUGAGAGGACCAAAUGUGUUCAAAGGUUACUUGAAAGAUCCAGACAGGACAAAGGAAGCCCUGGACAGCGAUGGCUGGCUGCACACUGGGGACAUUGGGAAGUGGCUGCCGGCAGGGACUCUUAAAGUUAUUGAUCGGAAGAAGCACAUAUUUAAACUUGCUCAGGGAGAGUAUGUGGCGCCUGAGAAGAUUGAGAACAUCUAUAUCCGGAGUGAGCCUGUGGCACAAAUCUAUGUCCACGGGGACAGCUUAAAGGCCUUUUUGGUGGGUAUUGUUGUGCCUGACCCUGAAGUCAUGCCCUGUUGGGCCCAGAAGAGAGGAAUUGAAGGGUCAUACGCAGAGCUCUGUGCAAAUAAGGAGCUGAAAAAAGCCAUUUUGGAAGAUAUGGUGAGGUUAGGAAAACAGAGUGGACUCCAUUCAUUCGAACAGGUUAAAGCCAUUCACAUCCACUCUGACAUGUUCUCAGUUCAGAAUGGCUUGCUGACACCAACACUAAAGGCUAAGAGACCUGAGCUGAGAGAGUACUUCAAAAAACAAAUAGAAGAGCUUUACUCAAUCUCCAUGUGAAGUUCCAGGAAAGUUCUUCUCAGUAUAAUGGACUGUGUAGCAAUACUGUAGUUACUCUUGAAAGUAAUGAAUCAGAAUGAUGCAGCUGAAAAUGAAUAAGCACGUGAGCUUAUGAUUGAGCCUUUUCCUGUCCCAAGAGGUCUUUAACAAUAUUUUCUCUAUCAUCACUGAGUACACUUUAUUUUUAUUAAAAUGAUAUUGUAACAAGCUGCUAAAAAAUAUCACAGAUGGCAAUGUAAAAAUCAAGACUUUUCUCAAGGACUGUGUAUCACUAAAAGUAAUAUAUUCUCAAUGUUCACAGAACUAUUAAACAUAAAGGAAAAACA